AGGUGCGCGCUCGCGUAGAUUGCGCGCCCUCGCGCAGGCUCUUCCCCGCUCGCUCGGAGGCGCGCUGCUGCUCGUUCACGGUUAGCGCUGACGCCGGCUGUGCUCACGGAGAGUUCGUGAGGGAAAAAGAAGGCUCGCGGGUCACAUGUGAGCCGGUAUUACCUCCUGUCUGCCCGUCAUCCAGUGCUCCGGAGCUCUGAACACGGCUCACCCCGGCUCUCCUCGUUAUCCACCUCUGUUCUGACAGACAGCGCGCCCGGGAGAGGUGAGUGGCUGUCACCGCAAUGCAGCAAGUCUUGGAGAAGCUGACAGAUCUACCCUCUUCAACAGGGGCAGAAGAAAUCGAUAUUAUAUUCUUGAAAGGGAUUAUGGAAAACCCCAUUGUAAGAUCUCUUGCUAAGGCACAUGAACGUCUAGAAGACACAAAGCUAGAAGCAGUUAGUGACAAUAAUCUUGAGCUCUUGCAUGAAAUUCUUGAAGACAUCAGUCCAUUAGUCGAUCAGGAUAAAAAUGUUGAAGAACUUGUUGGCAUACUAAAAGAACCCCAUUUUCAGAGUCUUCUAGAAGCCCAUGAUAUAGUUGCAUCAAAAUGCUAUGACUCUCCCCCUUCAAGUCCAGAAAUAAAUAAUGCAAUGAAUAAUCAGAUUGCGCCAGUUGAUGCCAUCCGCAUGGUUGGCAUUCACAAAAGAGCUGGAGAGCCUUUGGGUGUAACAUUUAAAGUCGAAAAUAAUAAUUUAGUUAUUGCUCGAAUUCUCCAUGGUGGGAUGAUUGACCGACAAGGUCUUCUCCAUGUGGGUGACAUCAUUAAGGAAGUGAAUGGUCAUGAAGUUGGAAACAAUCCGAAGGAGCUGCAAGAGUUACUGAAGAGUAUUAGUGGUAGCGUUACCUUAAAGAUACUUCCAAGUUAUAAAGAUGCAGUAACCCCUCAACAGGUGUAUGUAAAGUGUCAUUUUGAUUACAACCCAUUUAAUGAUAAUCUGAUUCCCUGCAAAGAAGCCGGAUUAAAAUUUUCCAAAGGAGAAAUUCUGCAUAUUGUUAACAGGGAGGACCCAAACUGGUGGCAGGCAAGUCAUGUAAAAGAAGGCGGCAGCGCAGGGCUUAUUCCCAGUCAGUUUCUGGAAGAGAAGCGAAAAGCAUUUGUGAGGAGAGACUGGGAUGGAACAGGUCCAUUUUGUGGUACAAUCACAAGCAAGAAAAAGAAAAAAAUGAUGUACCUGACUACUAGAAAUGCAGAAUUUGAUCGGCAUGAGAUUCAGAUCUAUGAAGAGGUAGCACGUAUGCCCCCGUUCCAAAGGAAGACUCUUGUUUUAAUCGGAGCACAAGGAGUGGGCCGAAGAAGUUUGAAAAACCGAUUGAUUGUCAUGAAUCCCACCCACUUUGGAACAACUGUUCCCUUCACUUCACGCAAGCCAAGGGAAGAUGAAAAAGAUGGACAUGCAUACAGAUUUGUAUCAAGAUCUGAAAUGGAGGCCGAUGUGAAAGCUGGCAGAUACUUGGAACAUGGAGAGUACGAAGGCAAUCUAUAUGGCACAAAGAUAGAUUCUAUUCAUGAAGUUGUAAUGGCUGGACGGACAUGUAUAUUAGAUGUAAAUCCUCAGGCUUUAAAAGUGCUUAGGACAUCUGAGUUCAUGCCAUAUGUCGUAUUCAUUGCUGCUCCAGAGCUAGAUACAUUACGUGCCAUGCAUAAAGCGGUUGUAGAUGCCGGAAUUACAACAAAGCUUCUAACUGAUACAGAUCUGAAAAAGACGGUUGAUGAGAGUGCUCGGAUUAUGAGAGCUUACAACCAUUACUUCGACCUAGCUAUUGUAAAUGAUAACUUGGAUAAAGCCUUUGAGAAGCUACAAGCAGCCGUUGAGAAGCUGAGAGCGGAGCCACAAUGGGUCCCAAUUAGUUGGGUUUAUUGACUGUUUUCUUAAGUUAAGAUUUUAUUAACCAAUAAUAAAGACACUAAACAGAGAGCUCAGAGACGAGACCUCCGACACACGUGUCGUUUGUUUCCUUGUAAGUAUUUCAAGGAUCGUACACUGUUCUGAAUUUUUAUAUAACACUUUGAAGGGAAAGUGUACUUAAAUAUGUAAUUUAUUUUAAUUUUUAUAACUUUUUAAAGAUUAUCUUUCUAUUCACAAUACAUGAAGGAAAUGCGUUGAAGCAUUUUUGUUUGUUUUUUUGUUUAGUUUUUUCAUGUGGUACAUAUGCCUUUUUCAUCUAAGAAAGUUUGUCAUUAACAUCUGGUCUUACAUUUUCACUGUGAUAUAAAGGAUACUUGAAAUAAUUUUGUAAGUCUAUGUUGUUUGAUACGCAAGUGGAUUAAAAACAAAUUUCCAUGUUAAGAAAACACUUUCUCUGAGAAGAAAUGUAACAGCACUGUAACUGAGUCGAAAUGUGCCACGUGUGCCGAUCACAGAUUUUCAAUGUGCUGUAGCAAACAAACUGCAAUACCUACUACUAUUUUAUUAAGAAGUAGUUAUCUUAUGUUGAUGCAGGGGAGCAAUUUGUAUUAGUACAACCCUGCAUGGAAGAAUGGUAUUUUCAUCUAGCUACCUAUAUUGUCAUAAUAACCCUCCAAUAUCGUACAUGUCAUAGUGUGGAGGCAGCCAUAUUAUGAGAUGAAUGAAUGCUUCUAAUAGUGGUGUAAUGUAUUCCCAUAAGAUGCCGGCAUCUUAUAUAGGUUGUUUUUGGUUUAUUGAAAAUUAAGGUACUGCAUUCUCCAGAAUAGUGUUAUGUAUUAGCAAGGGAUAUGUCACACUGAUGUCUAGUACAAACAUGGACUUUGUCUUCUUGACUCAUCUUAACUGAUAAUAUUGCAGUACAUUAAAUUUCUGCGAAACUCAUAUGGUGGUUGUCUUUACAGCAUUACACAUAAACAACCCAUACAUGGAAAGUGUUAAUUUCAAUAGAAGGGUUUUAUAUGUUUUCCCCACUGAAACCGAACACUUGAGUUGUCUUUCUUAUUGCCAAGAUUUUACAGUAUAAAGAAACCGUUUUCUAUUUAGGUCUAUUCAUCCUUUUAUAUUUGCCCAUUCAAUGUACGACCUGAGACAAGAAAAGCCACCAAGACAUUUUUUGUGAAAUGGUUGACCACAUCCAUUAUUAAGGAGUAUAAUAGGUAUAUAAAUUAGUUCAGCCUUUAGGUCCUCCGGUGGACUGGAAAAGGUGGAUACAUUCCUAGGAAAGGGUCUCCUAGGACUGUAUCCACCUUUUCCAGCCCACGGGAGCACCUGAAAGCUGAACUCAUUUAUGCAGGAAAAGUCGUCAGCUGCCGAGCCGAGAAGUUUGUGACGAAUCGAAUUUACUGUAAGUUCGCUCAUCUCUAGUGUUCACUCAUCUGUUGUGAACUGUGGUCCUUCUUCAAUACAAGUUGUGAAGCAAUAAUUGUACUGUUGUCUUGGGGACUUUUUUAAGAUCGGCUUUCACUUACUGAUAACAGGCAGCUUUGGUGCAGUUGGGACCAAGGUGUUAUCCUUUGAGCCACGUCUAGAUUUGUAGCAAAUAGCAUUUUGUUUUCACCAUGUACAGGUACGUUCACUCUCAUAUAUUUAUAAACUAAAACAUUGCUUUAACCUGUUAAUUCAGUAUUCAUUCUCCUGCCUGUGUGAAACAGACCUUGUGAUAAUUUAUUAUAUUUUUAUUUCACUCCUUAAGAUUCUACCAUUGUAAUAAAAUGUGCUGUAAAAUUCUGUGCUUUGUUUAUGGGUGUUGCUUAUCCCUCCUGAAUAGUACAUUAUUGUAUAUUCUCAACAUUGAUGUCUGCGAUAUUAUAAAAUGGGCCAUACCCAUUGUUUGGGAAGUUUGUUUUUUCAUUUCAUCUCAUAAGGCAGCUACAUUAUUAAGAACAUGCUAUGUAUAUAAGGUAUUGCCCAAUAAAUCCUCAUUUACCAGUGUUCAUAAAAACAAUUUUAAAUAUACAAGGUUUACAACUAAGUAUUACCAAGAUAUCUGCUGCUGUAUCACUUACUUGACUCAUUAUUUAGCAAGUGAAUAAUAUCCAAAUUCUAGUAGCCAUACAAACUGAUUAUCCCUUACCGAAAAUAAAACCUAGUUGUCUUGACUCCUGACACCAAAGCAGACAACAUGAUGCUAAUGAAUACUUCCUAUGAAUAUUCUCUCCUAAGGAACCGAUCACCUGGUUAGGUAAGAGCAAGUGUUGGUAGCUGAUAAAUAAGUGUGCAUUUGAAGUAUGGAUUAAGAUAUUUAACAUUUGUGAUUUUUAUUUUUUUUAAUUGAUAAAAAAUUACUCAAAAUAAAAAUACAUUGUAUAAAAAUAAAACUCUAAUUCAGUA